GUGUCCUCCUCUGUUCCUAUUGGCUGUCACUGUCCUGUCGAGUGAAUGGGGGAGAGGGACAGGCACAAAGGACAGUGAUUGCUCCCUGCUCUUCUCCCUCCGUGGGGAUUCUCCAUGUCACUCUGCUCCAUAGGAACUUCCUUUGUUUGUUCCAUUCCUGAGGAACUUUCCAUGUGGAUCUUUCUCUGUCCCUGGAAAUAACCAGCUCAGCAAAGAGGUCGGGUUACUGGGGCCUCCCACCAGCCUACAGGAGGGGCCCAAAUUGCUGCUAAACUGGUCGGCCGGAAGGAGAAGCAGAAGAAAAUGGAAGCCGGGGAGCCCCAGGACUUUAUCUCUUCAUUCCCCGAUGAGUUGGCAUUGCGCAUCCUCUCGUACCUUGAUGCCAAGGAUAUCCUGCAGGUGGCGCAGACUUGCCAGCGCUGGAGAGAGUUGGCUGAGGAUGAAGGCCUGUGGCAGGGAAAGUGCAAAGUGGAUCGGAUUGACGUGGCGAGAAGCAGAGAUCCGGGUUCGCCGGCCGGCCCAUGGAAAAGCGCCUACAUCCGUCAGCACCAGAUCAACACCAACUGGCGCCGGGGGAGAUUCCGAUCCAUAAACUUACGCCUGCGGCACGACGACGAGGUCAUUACCUGCUUGGAGUUUGAUGGGAGCCGAAUACUCAGCAGCGACAGUUGGAAGACAAUCAAGGUCUGGUCGGCGGUUACGGGCGAAUGUCUGAGGACGCUCGUCGGUCACGCGGAUAUUAUAUUUACGAUGCAAAUGAGCUCGGAGAUUAUAAUUAGCGGAUCUCUGGAUCAGACCUUGAAAGUGUGGGAUGCAGAGACCGGGGAUUGUAUUCACACGUUACGCGGCCAUAGCGCCGGCGUGGAGUGCGUGCAUCUCUGCGGGAAAAGGGCCGUCAGUGGCUCCCAAGACAGAACCAUCAGAGUCUGGGACAUCGAGACCGGCCGCUGCCUUCACCUCCUCACCGGGCACCGAGACUUCAUCAAAUGUGUUCGGUAUCACGGGCAAAGGGUGGUGAGCUUUGCGUACGAUUCCACCGUGAAAAUAUGGGACCCCGAGAGUGAGAGCUGCGUGCGCACCCUGCAAGGCCGCGCCGACAAGACCUCCAGUUUAGAGACCGACGGGGUCCACGUGGUCACCGUGUCCGACAGAACCACCAUAAGAGUCUGGGACGAGGCGACGGGGCGAUGUAUCCAAACACUGACCGGAUACCCGUUCGCCAUUAGUGCGGUGGCGCUGGCGGGCAAUAUCCUCGUGUCCGGAAACGCCGAUUGCACCGCUAACGUGUGGGACAUAAAAACGGGGAGGUGCUUGCACACACUGCGCGGCCCCGCCCACAUGAGAAGCCGAAUGGAAAGCGUUCAGCUGAGGAGGGACUGCGUCGUAGCCAGCGCCGAAGACGGAACCGUCACCCUGUGGGACUGGAAAAGUGGGGCCUUCUUGCAGAACCUGGCGCUGUCGCACACCAAGGGGCCCUGUUCCAUCCAGUUCCAAGUCUCCAACACAAAACUCGUCUGCGCCGUCUCGAAAAGAUCCAGAGUCGCGUUCGAGCCAACAAAGGUGGUGGUUCUGGACUUUGGUGCCGACGAGAAGCAACAAUCGGAGAGACAGAACUGCCCACAUUUCCAGGCCGGAUGAUCCUCCUUGAUUUAUUGCCCCGGUGCUAAACAGUACGGGGAAUAGGGACUUGUUUAUUAAAGGAUAAGUCAACCCAAUAAAAGAGAACAUAAUGCUAAGCAACUUUGCAAUAUACUUUUAUUACAAAUUUA